AUGGCCAUCACCGAAAUUGCACCCAUCGUCGAUAACUGCUGCCCACAAUGCUGUAAGGAGGAGCAGUAUGGCGAUCAUGACUAUUGCGGUUGGUGUGAGGUUACGGACUGUCUUUAA